GCCCCCACCUACCAACCUUUCUCCCAAAACGCCUCAAACAACCUCGCUGGACAUCUCGAUCUGAUAAAUACACGAUCAACAACCCAAGCAAGGGCUCGCCGUAGCUCUGCUUCGCAUGUACCUAUUUACAAAGUCCAAGCGUUCGAAACUCUGUGACUGAAGAGACCACAAGAGAAAAAGAGACGAGGUCACAGACCACACUAGUUCGGAUCGAAUACCGUCGAAAGUACCAUCAAAGGUGACCAUAAAGAUGGAAGACGCGGGACUCAUUCAGCCCUACCUUGAUGUUCACGCAAACCCGCAAGGCCCAGGAGAUGCCAGACCAACAGCGCUGCAGAUCAUCGCGGACGAAGACGUCGUCAUGCGGUGGCAAGACAAGACGGUCUUGAUCACAGGCGGAUCAUCUGGAAUCGGCGUGGAGACGGCCAGGGCGCUCCACCACACGGGGGCCAAGGUGUUCAUCACGACGAGGAACACGGCGAAAGCAGAAAAGGUCCGAGGCGACAUCCUUGCCUCGAGCCCCUCGACGAGGGACGUCGGCAUCAUCGAGAUGGAGCUGGACAGCCUCGCCUCCGUGAGGCGUGGAGCCGAGACGUUUCUGGCCCAGGCUUCCGGUCUGAACGUGCUCGUCAACAACGCAGGCGUGAUGGCGGCACCGCACGGAAAAACGGCCGACGGCUUCGAGACGCAUCUAGGGACGAAUCACUUCUCGCACUUUCUCCUCACGGAGCUCUUGCUGCCCACGCUCAUCGCCUCCUCGACGACGAGCUUCCCCUCUCGCGUCGUCAACGUCGCAAGCAUGGGUCACUGGCAUCAGGAGGGAGGCCUCAGCGCAGCAGGCGUGUUCGAAGACCUGUGCUUUGACAAAACACCGUACCAGCCCAUGGUCGCAUACGGUCGCUCGAAGCACGCGAACAUUCUGCACGCCAACGGCAUCGAACGCAGGUACGGCUCGGACGCGCGGAAUCCGGUCCACGCCUUUAGCCUUCACCCGGGAGGCAUCACCACUGAACUGUGGAGACAUCUCGGCCAAACUGCCACGGCCCCAAGUAGCCACAAAGACAAGCACUGGGAGACUUGGAAGAGCGUCGAACAGGGCGCCGCAACGACGGUCUGGUGUGCAACGGCGAAAGUCUGGCAUGGUAAGCCCGGACGAUACUGCGAGGAUUGUGGAGAAAGCGCGCCUAGCCCAUACAAAACCCGAGCUGAAUGGCCACUAGGCUCGCCAGGAUAUGCGCCAUGGGCAUACGAUGAGAUUGCUGAACAAAAACUUUGGGACAUCAGCGAGAAGGCGGUGAAGAGUUUUGCAUAGAGCCUUAUGGCAGAGGAAAUCUCUAGCAGUUCGUGUAGAGGACUCAAAUAACGUGCGUGAAUCGUAAUCGGUAGUAGUUGGUUAGUAAGCUUGAUGAGCUUUCAAAUAAAACGGGAAUCGCUUGCCAAAAGCUUGCGGUGUGAGUGAGAGAUGAGAACGCCCGGUUCUAAAUCUAUU